AUGGGCGACGAGGGUGUGGACAGCGAUCCGUUGCUUAUCAAAACUUCACUGUUGGACCCGCACCCGAUAAUUAUCCCGCCGCCGGGCUCGCGGCUGGCAUUUGCAGGUGCGGACUCGCGGGAGGCCGUGCACCGGUUCCGGUCGCUGCCAUCGCUGGAGGAUACUCUGCUGCGUCGCGCGCGGGCGCCCCUGUGCCUGUAUAACUACUGGCAAUAUCUUUUGGGCAUCGAGGCGUGCCCCGAGGAGCUCGAGUUUUGGCUUUCGCUGGCGGACUACGAGGCCCUUUACAGAAAGUUUGCGCGCACAGAGGCAGAAGGAUUGCCGCCACUCAUUUCGCCUCAGACUACAGGAAUGAGCCAGCGGCUGAGGUACGGGCGAGUGGAGAGCGGGGCGUUGGGCCACGUAACUACUGAGGAAAUGGGAAGCUCGGGUGUGGCCGGGACGCAGUGGACAGAUGGCAGCAGCAGACACCACCCGCAGCAGGGUAUUCCCUUGCUCACGCCAUCAGUCGAAAUCAAACAGACUGAGGAUGUGCCGUCCGUCGAUGACAUGCGGCGGGCGGCCGAGCGGCUUUACUUCCAUUACCUUUUGCCAGGCUCCCCGAGCGAGCUUUAUAUUAGCACACAGAUGCGCGACGAGGUGGCUGGGCGGAUCGAGCGCGAUAUGCGCUUCGACCCUGCGCUUUUUGCGCCUGUCAAGCGGCAUGUGUACGACGCCAUGCGCAACGAAUCCUACCUGCGCUUUCUCCGCGAGCGCACAAUGCACAACAUAACCAGGGGCACGGCUGCACCGAGGAUUGUGCUCGGCCUGGCUUUAAUUUUUGUCGCAUUGGCUGCUCAGCUGUCACUUGUGUUCUUGGAUGUCAAGCCGAAAGCAUGGCGCUGGCUGCCGAUGGCUGCGCUGUGGCCCGGAUUCACCCUUGCGUUUGCUGGUGUCACAAGGCUGGACCCGUUGAUGGCCUUUUUGGGAUUCUUUGAGCCCAUUGCUUGGCGCUACGAGCAUGUGCGCGACCCGUCUAUUCGCGAUAGCCAUUUGAAGCGCGCCUCUCUGCAGCUCAUAUUUACUGCCAUCAUUUCUGUGAUUAUCACCGUGGUGAUGUUUGUUGUUCCUGGAAACCAUCUGUGA